UUUACAGUCUUCAGAGUACUCAUCAUGAAGAUACUCGUUGUAUUUGCUCUGGCUUUGGCCUACGCCUCAGGAUCGGCUCUCCGCGGCGAGGAGGGUCCCGUUCAGGAUGGACCCGAUGGCCGCAUUGCCAACGGAGAAAAGGCCGAACUUUGGCAGUUCGAUUACCAGGUUGGUCUCUACGUGAAGAAUGGCAAAACCUAUUCCUGGUGCGGUGGUGCCUUCCUCGAACACGCUUGGGUCUUGACCGCUGCUCACUGCGUAGAUGAUAUUGAAUACGUUGAGCUCUAAUUUGGCGCCAUCAGACGUUUCGUCAGCCAAAUAAAGCGCUACGCUUACCCGGAUAGCAUCCUCAUCCACAGUGGCUAUAACCGAAAGACUAUGGCGAACGACAUCGCUCUGAUCAAAAUUACAGCUGUGCAGUACUCUUCCGGAAUCUCUCCCAUCAGACUGCCCAGCAUGCAACCGCCCUACGCCAGCUAUGUUGAUGAGAAGGCUGUCGCUACCGGCUGGGGUCGCACCUCCGACUCCGACCAAUAUAAUUCUGAUGAUCUUAUGUACGCGUACAUGGAGGUCAUCUCCAAUGCAGCCUGCACGAAGACCUAUGGUGCGAGCAUCGAGUCCUCCAACAUCUGUGUGUCCACCACAUCUGGCGCCUCCACCUGCGGCGGCGACGAUGGCGGUCCCCUGGCACUCGACUCGAAGAUACCCACCCUGAUCGGUAUUGCCUCUUUUGGUUCCCAGAAAGGUUGCGAGAAGGGGCUGCCGGUAGCCUUCACCCGUGUGACCAACUACCUCGACUGGAUCCAGGCCGAAACUGGCGUCGCUUAUUAAGCCGAAAAGUUCUAUUUAAUAAAGGUGAAAACUUUGCAAUUAUAAAUAGAAAGAGACGAUUAUAAUUUCAUAAAACGGCACUAAUAAACUCGAAAAUAUUUUCCCAUA